UUAUAUCGCUAAGGAGGUUUAACCUCUUUGAUAUCGCAAAAUAUAUGGACUCGCCUAAGAUGGCUGACAACAUGUGGACCGAAAUGCCUUGUACACCAAGCUAUAAGUUAUUGUUAAACCAACAUGAUGCCAUUUGAUACCAUAAGAGCAAGGCAUGUGCCGGGUUCCAUAGGACGGACCAGUAUGCAGUUUUCAACCUGGGAAAGUGUAGCAGCCGGCGUAUAAACCGAGGCACUUCAAGAUGUCAAAGGGACUCAGCCACAUGGUUGGCAUCCUUUACAGUGCCCCAUGGUGUGGGGGUGGGGCACUGCACUUCAACUUCUGCAGAAACUUAAAGACUCUGGGUUCACAACAAGCUGCGAGCUUUCACGGUUUCUUAAGAAUCCCCAAAGCAAAAAAGACGAGAUGUUUGCAGGGCGGGUUCUCGGUAUCUAUCACUUGUCCAAGGCUAUUCAACAGACUGUCCUUUUCGUCCACAAAUUUUAAAACAAAGCAGCACUUCAUUUGGGUCAACAGGAGGCUCACGCCAGGUGCCAGAUCAAAAGGUAUAUAUGGUGCUUGUAGCUUGGUCCAACAAUUUGAGUGGUACAGCUCUGAGAGACCACGCCCCAAGGUAAAAGAUGAUGAAGGAUUGGCAGAGGGAGGACAGGAGGAGGUCACUGAGAGGUCACAAGGCCAAGAUCAUGAUGAUGUCAAGGAGGAUAAGGCAGCUGGAGGAGUGCCAGAACUGCAUGAAAACAUCUUCACUGUGCCAAACUUUUUAUGUGGGGUGCGCAUCAGCCUCACACCUGUCAUCAGUUACCUGGUCAUCAACAGUAACUUCACCUGGGCCAUGGCACUGUUCGGACUGGCAGGGCUCACAGACCUGUUUGAUGGUUACAUUGCUCGUAACUUCAAGAACCAGAGCUCAGCAUUUGGUAGCUACAUUGAUCCCCUGGCAGACAAGUUCCUGGUCAGUGUGGUGUUUCUGAGUCUGACGUAUGUGGGACUGAUACCUGUUCCCCUGACAUUGCUGAUCAUUGGGCGUGACAUUGGCCUGAUACUGGCAGGAUUCUAUGUCAGAUACAAGACACUACCCCCUCCUGUAACCUUUUCUCGUUACUUUGAUGCCACCCACGCCACAGCCCAGCUGAAGCCAACCUUCAUCAGUAAAGUAAACACAGCAGUACAGCUGGGUAUGGUCACCUUCUCCCUAGCUGCUCCUGUACUGGGAUAUGUGGAACAUCCCCUACUGCAAGCUCUAUGGUACUUGACAGCAGGAACCACUAUUAUGUCAGGUCUGAGCUACUUAGUGUACAAGGACACAUUCAAGGUCAUUAGGAGGAUGCACAGGAAGUGACUUUGUGUUGUUGAUAUCAAAGAUACAUAUUUAAGAUUUUUAAUUGUCUUAUGAGCUUAUUCUGGCUUCUGUAGAGUUAGAGUACAAUGUUGCACUGUAUGGGAUACACAGUUCAUUACGUACUGUAAGCUUACUGCAACUACUGGUACAAAGUUUACAACUGUGUGAACUGGCAUGGAUGGAGGAAAAGGGUAAUGUAAAACUACAGAUGCACUCAUAGUGCAAAAUGUCAUGUAGUUAUUUACUUAUGUUUGUAUGAAACAACAAUUUUCUCCAGAGCAUUGUGAAAUAUUGUGAAGAAUGUUAAGAUAUGAGCAAUUACUUUUUCAUAAGAAUUGACAUUUUUUUUACCCAGACAUGAAGCAAGGAUUGGUUUUCACUUGAUAUUCCCAGUCUAAGCUUAUUGGUUAGGUGCCCAAUCCAUUUCUUCAUCAAGCUAACCACUUCAACAAAUCUUUUGUUUCAUGUCAUGUUUGUGACAACACACAUCCACUGCACUGUUUUGUAGCAGGAUAGCGUUGCUGCUUUGAAACAUUAAUCAAAUGUAACAUAAUCA